AUGCCGCGCUCGUCCGCGUCCGCCGACGAUGACCUCAGCGCCGACGCGCGCGCGGUCUCCUCCCUGGUGUUCCAGAUGACGACGCACGUGAGCGCCUUCAGACGAUCGGUCGACGUCCUCGGCACCGGGAAGGACACGAGAGAAUUGCGAGCGCAGUUGCACGACCAACGCGAGCGACUGGGCGUGAUGGCGCGCGAUGCCUCGCUCGCGGUGAAACGCCUAGCGCAGGCGGUGACGAACGCGAGCGACGUGGACGAGGAGACGCGGGCGGAACACGCGGGGAGACAUCAGAAAUUAGUGAAGGAUUUCCACGGCGUGUUGAAGGAUUUUCAAAAGGCGCAGCGGACGUGCGCGGAGCGAGAGUCGACGUUCUUGCCGCAGAAAGCGAAGGGGCGGGCGAAUUAUGGGACGAUGGACGAUGACGGUGGGGCCGAAGAGGCGGGGCAGGCGUUGUUGCAGGAGCAGAGACAGGAGCAGCAAGAUUUCGCGCAGGUGGACGGCGAGCUCGAGUACAACAACGCCCUGAUCGAGGAGCGCGAGCGAGGAAUCAUGGAGAUUCAGCAGCAGAUUGGGGAGGUGAACGAAAUCUUCCAAGAUCUUGCGGUAUUGGUGAACGAGCAGGGAGCGAUGAUCGAUGACAUCGAGGCGAAUAUUGUCAGCACGGCGGUGCGCACCAAGGACGCGCAAAAGGAGCUCACCAAGGCUGACAAAUCUCAGCGCGCGGCGAGAAACCGUCUGAUUUGCAUCGUUAUCGCCGUCCUGGUAGCCCUCAUCGUUCUCAUCCUGUUCUUGCUUCAGUGA